GUUCGGCUUUCUUAUGUAUUUUUUUUCUUAUGUUUUUAUUUAAAAAAUUUUAAGUACAUUCAAUGAAAAAUAAAAAAAAAACAUUUAUCUUAUUAAGUAAUUUACAUAACGAUUUACGGUGUUUAAGCGAACUAAUGAGGAAUAUGUAUUCAACGUGGAGCAAACCAAUGAUUAAAAACAGUUUCAAUAGAAAUGUCGAAGUGGCUGCUUGUUAAAUUUUGGCUGACUUUACCAAUGGUAAUCGGAAAGGAUUCUUCAAACCAAUAAUGAAAGAUUUGCUUUAUUAUGUAGAUAUGUUUCUGCCAUGUUACAUUUACCAACCUUAACUGCAGUUCGUAUAAUCUGGACUUUAUGAGUUUUCCCACGUGUCGCAUCAAGGCGGUUAACCGAACCCACAAGUACAUAAGUAUCUACGCGAAAAUUAAUCAGCUACCCAUUGUUGAUGCGAGGGUGACUGUUCAAUUCAGGCGGUUUGAUAGUGGCUACAAGCCAUUCUUAUUCGAUCUAUCCUACGAUGGCUGCCAGUUUAUGAAAAACCAGAAAAAUAUGUUUGUUAAAACGUUUUAUAAAACUUUUCAACGUAACACCAAUAUGAAUCACACCUGCCCCUAUGAUCACGAUAUUAUUGUGGAUAAACUCUUUACCGGAAAUUUAGAGGAGGAAUUCGGACGAUAUAUUGUAAUACCAAACGGAGAUUAUGCCAUAUACACCGAUUGGGCCACAAAUAAAGUGGCACGAGCAUCAGUUAAAAUUUAUUUGAGGAUAUUGAAUAAGUAAAGCUCAUCAUUUUUAUUCG